UUGAAUCCUGUUUUAAAUCUAAAACAGGACAAUUUAUUGUGAAGCCAGGCAUUCAAAGUAGUUUUUCAUAUCUUAUGAAUUUACUGAAUAAAGCAUUAAAACAAAAACAAGAAUUAGCAUCAAAUGAAAACAAUGAAAAUUAUUCAAAUUAUAUAACUGAUGAAUUCCUCAAUAAUCAUCCGUUAUUAAAGUCACUAAUAAAAUGGUAUUGAAUGCAUGAUCUAAAUGAUGUUAAGCAAACAAAUCGAUUUUUAGUAUCAUUUAUGGGCAAUUUAAUAAACAACUUUACACAAUCUCCGAAUAACUAGGCAUACUGAAUCAAUUAAAGAUUUUUUCAUAUGCUUAUAUGUUCUCGGUGGCAAACAAGUCUAUGAAUUUAUUCGUUUAAAUCUUUAUGGUUCUAUUCCUAAUUAGACAACACUAGGUGAAUUAAUUAAAAAAUCAGAUACUGCUUUUAGUGAAGCAGAAUUUUACUUUGGAUCUCUUCGGCAAUGUCAUUCCCAGUUUGGGUUUUGUUCUGAAAACAUCACAGGGAUCAUUCGUAAGGUUGAAUAUGACUCCAAAACAAAUUCCUUUCUCGGAUUUGCAACACCAAUUGAUCAUAGUGUUCCAUUACCAAAAUUCUAUCAAGCUAAUACAUUUAAUGAUUUAAAACCAAUUUAUGAUACAAAUGAAAUAGCACCAUUGUUGAAUAUGCAUAUGUUUCAAAGUACAGGUGAAGCAGAAUUUUACUUUGGAUCUCUUCGGCAAUGUCAUUCCCAGUUUGGUUUUUAUUCUGAAAACACCACAGGGAUCAUUCGUAAAGUUGAAUAUGACUCUAAAACAAAUUCCUUUGUCGGAUUUGUAACACCAAUUGAUCAUAGUGUUCCAUUACCAAAAUUCUAUCAAGCUAAUACAUUUAAUGAUUUAAAAACAAUUUAUGAUACAAAUGAAGUAGCACCAUUGUUGAAUGUGUAUAUGUUUCAAAGUAUACGAUGA